AUGCAUAUAAGCAAUACAUUGAUUUAUAUGUAUUCAGCUGGUGGUGUUCCGGACCUUGCAUUCACGGUGUUUGAUAAAAUGCUCGAGAGAGAUGUGGUGUCUUGGACUUCUAUAAUCGAUGGGCUUGUGGAUAAUGAUAAACCCGUUAAAGCUAUAGCUUUGUUUGAGCACAUGUUGGAAAAUGACGUUGAAUUUAAUGAAGCAACGGUUGUUUCGGUUCUUAGAGCUUGUGCUGAUACUGGUGCUCUUAGUAUGGAUAGAAAAGUUCAUGAUUUGGUUAAGGAGAAGAAGCUUAUUAGUUUGAACGGUAAAGUUAGCACGGCUCUCAUAGACAUGUAUGCAAAAUGUGGGUGCAUAGAUGGUGCGAAGGAGGUAUUUUCUGAAACAAUGAACAAAGAUGUUGUUACAUGGACUGCAAUGAUUGCUGGCCUUGCCAUUCAUGGGCAGUGUAAAGAGGCUACGGACUUGUUUGAUAAGAUGAAGGGUCUUGAGAUAAAGCCAGAUGAGAGGACAUUGACUGCACUUUUAUCGGCUUAUAGGAAUGGGCAUAUGGUGAGCGAAGGCUUGGCUUGCUUCAGAACUAUGAAGAAUAAGUAUAAGAUCAGGCCUAAAAUGCAGCAUUAUGGUUGUGUUAUAGACAUGCUUGCUCAAGCUGGGCAUUUAGAUAAUUGCAUGGACGGGAUAAUGAUAUCUAAUCCGUUUCGGUGGAUAAUUGCAGCAGAUUAA